CAAGUUACUGAAGAAGUUACUGUAGAAGAAAAAGGUAAACGUCCCGUUACGACGGUGACCGAAGGUCCAGUAGAGGUGGUUGUUGAAGAAAUUGUAUUACCUCUAACACUUCCCGAGUUUGUAAAACCAAAAGAUGUGGAGGAAGUUCGAGAACAAGUGUUAGUCACGGAAGAAAUUGUGGAAGGGAAGGAACCGAAGAAAAUCACGAAGAAGAAAAUUAUCAAGCGCAAGGGACAAAAGCAGCAAGUAACUGAAGAAGUUACGGUGGAAGAAAAAGGUAAACGUCCUGUAACGACUGUAACAGAAGGGCCGAUAGAGGAGGUCGUCGAAGAGACAAUAUUACCUCUACCACUUCCCGAAAUUGUGAAACCAGAAGAUAUAGAAGUUCGAGAACAAAUCACAGUAAUGGAAGAAAAGGUUGAUGGUGAGAAGCCGAGAAAAAUCACAAAGAAAAAAGUUAUUAAACGUAUGGGUCGAAAACAACAGGAGAUCGAAUUAAUUGUCGUGGAAGAAGAAGGUAAAUUACCUGUAACGACAGUAACCGAGGGCCCUGUCGAAGAUAUUGUUGAGGAUACAGUAAAGGCUUUACCACAUGGAGAAUUUGCCAAGCCUGUUGAUAUUGGAGAAAUUGUUGAGCAAAUUGAUGAAAGGGUAACUAUUGAUGAGGAAAAGCGGCCGACAACAAUCAUGACUGAUCAACAUGCAGACACUACAGAAAUACACGAUAAACCUAAACACAAAAGAUUGACAAAACACAAAAUCGAUGAAACAAUAUUAAAAGGGACAAAAGAGAAACCGAUUUAUCAGGAACAACCGGCAAAGCAUGAAAUUCCAGCAGAAGAGGUGAAAGAAAUAGUAGCAGAAGAAACAGAGAAGCAACAGGCUCAACUUCUAAUAGAAACAGAAGAAUCUGCGAAAGUUACGAAAAUAGAUGUUAAGAAGGCACCAAAAGAAAAGAAAGAAAAGACGGUCAUUGAGGAAGAGGAAGUGAUUGAAACUAUCGAGACACCCACACAAAAAAUUAUUAAGAAGAAGAAACUACCAAAAGAAGAGGAUAAGCUCGUAGAAACAGUCGAGGAAGUAGAACAAGUAACUGAAAUCCUUGAAACACCAACAAAGAAAGUUAUAAAAAAGAAAAAAGCGAAAACUCUUGAUGAUAAUGUCCCAGAAGAAAUUAUUGAAGAAAUUGUCAUAGAGAAACCAAAGAAGAAAAAAGCUGAAACUACAAUUUCUCCGAGAGAAAGUAUCGAAGUGACGCAGAUAUUAACAGAAUUGCCCAUUAUGAAGUUAACAGAAGGCAAACUUAAGCCAGAAGAAGCUGUAGUGCAUGCAAUUGAAGAGGAAAAAGUUACGUUGCAAAAAGUGACAAGAGAAGAAACAAGCACGAUUCCUACUCAAGAAGAAGUAACUCUUGAAAUUAGUAAAGAAAUGAUAAGCGAAAAACCAGAAGAAGAACAAGUACAACCGACGAUUAUAAAGAAAAAGGGGCUCAAAGUCAUCGAGACAAUUUCGGAAACAACAACAGAAGGACUUCCUGAAAAAUUAAAACCAACGAAAGAAAAAGCAGUGCCAAUCGAAGAAGUAGAGCAACAAGCUGACAUAAAAGAGGUUACUGUAAAGAAAGCACCUAAGAAAGUUAAACCAAAACGCACGGCUGAACAACAAGUUGAAGAAGAGGUUGUUGAAGAAAUUGUUUCAAAGAAACCUAUAAAAGAAAAAGCGAAAAAAUUAAUAAUUGCCCAUGAAGAAAUAGAGACUACUGAAACUGUUCCUGAAAUGGCGGUCGACAAACUCGAUGAAGACAAGAAACCGGAAGAAAAACAAGCUGUACCUAUAAAAGAGACAGAAGAAGAUAUACAAUUAACAGAAAUAAUGGUAAAGAAAGCGUCAAAAAAGAAAAAAGCUAUAGAAACGAAAGAGGAUAGGCCGGAUGAAACAGUUGAAGAUAUUGAAUUGAAGAAACCUAAGAAGGAAAAGGCUAAGAAAGAUAUAACGUUAAAAGAAGGCAUCGAGAUAACAGAAGUGGCAGCAGAAGUAACACCUGAAGAACUUAUAUCAGAUAAAAUACCUACUGAAAAGAAAGCAAAACCGGAUGUCGCCCCGGUAGAAAGUAUUGAAAUUACUGAAGUUACCACGGCUAUGGCAAAUGGCGAGGUAUUGGAAAAGAAAAAAGUAGAAACGGCUAAAGUUGAAGUAAAGGAUGAAAAGGAAAAGAAAUUAACUCGUGCUAAAAAAGAGAAGGUUAUUCCAGAAAAGAAACCUAUCACUGUCGAAGAAAAACAAGAAGAGGAAAAAGUAGAAGAAAUGUUACCAACAAAACUUAAAAAGGAAGAAACAAAAAUAAGUGAAGUUCUACCAGAUACUAUGAAAGCAACAGAGAUUACACCGGAAACUAAGAUUGCAGAGAUUCCAGAAAAGAAACGACCUGAGGAUAAACCGCAAGAAGAGAUACUGCCAGUAGAAACGAAAAAAGUUGAAAAACCAAAAGAAGAAAUUAUCCCUACUACAGAAGAAAAACCAAUUGAUGAAACGACCGAUAAAAUAAAAGAGAAGAAGAUUGUCAAAAAGAAGAAAAAGAAACCCGCUAAGAAAGAUGAAAUAGAGGAAUGGGUAGAACCCGAAUACGAAAGACCCGUAUUAGAGCCGAUGCCUGAGAAAAUUCAGUGGGAGCCAACGAAAAAGAAGAAGGAAAAGAAAAUAUUACCUGAAUCUAUGCAAAAAUUAGUCCCGCAAAAGAUCGAAAGAAAAGAAAUCAAACCUACAAAAUUAAAAUAUACUGAACCGGAAGAAAAAGUUCAAUUUGGAUUGAUUAAAUUAAAGAAAGUAACAGUUGUUAAGAAAAAAGAAAUCAGUGAACCAAAAUUCCCUAAAAUCAUGUUGCGUAGCAGAAUCACAUUCAUCGGUGACUAUCCGCCAGAAUUACAAAUACCACAGAUUACAUAUAUCGAAAAAAAUCCGGUCCAAACUGGUAUUCUGUCUAGGAAUACAGAAGAAGCUUUAGAAGUUUUAAAGAAAAAAUACAAAAAGCGUAAGAUAUCAGAGAAAGAAUUAACUGAAUUAGAGAAAUUGGAGAAGGAGUUUGAAGAGCUGAAGAAAGUUCCUCUUGAAAAAAUAGAAGAUAAAUCUGUUUACGAACGGGCACCGAAAAAGCCAGAAAAAACACCAGAAGAACCACAAAAACUUGUUAUAGGAAAAGGUGAAGUAAAACAAGAACCUGAAGUUGCACCAGAAGAGGUUAAACUAAAGAAAAUUCCGGAAAAGAAACCAGAGGAAAUAACGGAAAUUAAAAAGAAACCCAAAAAGAAAGAAACAACAGAAGAGGUGCCACAAAAGGAAAAAGAAAAACCCAAAGAAGCAUUAGAACACGAUGAAUUUAAACCAUUAGAAUUUGAUAGACCAGAAAUUGAGAAAUAUGUACCUGAAGAAUUUGAGAAACCAGAAAAACCAGAGCCUGAACCUGUUCCAAAACCGUAUGAGAAACCUAAGAAAAAGAAGCCCGAACAAGAAAUAGAACAAAUUCCUAUAGUAAAAGGAAUACCGAAACCAAAAGAACCAGAAGAUGAGCCUGAAGUAAAAUUCAGAAUACCAACGGCAGAGAAACCGGAAGACGAACCCGAAACAAUAACUUUGAAACCCUGGAAGAAAGAUAAACCCGAGAAGGAGGAUGACAUAGAAUACCCAACAUUAGAAAAAGACAAAGUUCCGACAAAACCAGUAGAAGAUGUAGAUGAAGUUACCAUAAAGCAAAAAGUAAAACCAAAGAGACCUAAGAAAAAACAAAUAGAGCCAGAAGAAAUUACCGAGGAAAUUACCUUAAAAAAGACACCCGAGGAAAAACCAGAAAUUCCAACAAAAGAAGUUUCAGAAAAAGUGCCAUUACAAAAACCAAAAGAACCUAUCGAAGAAGUCGCAGAAGAAGUGACGAUUCAGAAACCGGUCGUUGAGGAAAAGAAAGAAGAAAUAAAAGAGAUAACUGAAGAAGUCACGUUGAAGAAGAAACCGAAGAAAAAGCCUGUUACGGAGGAAGCUGCUGCCGAAGUCACUGUAAAGAAACCCAUCCCAAAAGAGGAAGAACAUGUGCCGGAAGAUGUAUCUGAGAAAAUUGAACUAAAGAAACUGAAAGAAAAACCUGUGAAAGAAGAAGCCGCAGAUGAGGUAACGGUUAAACCGGUUGUUGAAGAAAAAGUAGAAGAGGUGACUGAAAUUACUGAGGAAGUCACAUUAAAGAAAAAACCAAAGAAAAAGCCUGUCCCUGAAGAAACGGUUGCCGAAGUCACUGUACAGAAACCUAUUCCAAAAGAAGAAGAGCAAGUGCCGGAAGAAAUAACUGAGAAAGUGGAAUUAAAGAAGCCGAAAAAGAAACCCGUCAAGGAUGAAGUUGCAGAUGAGGUAACGGUUAAGAAACCAGUCAUUGAGGAAAAGAAAGAGGAGGCAGAAGAAAUCAUUGAAGAAGUCACGUUGAAGAAGAAACCGAAGAAAAAGCCUAUCGCGGAGGAAGUUGCUGCCGAAGUCAUUGUAAAGAAAGCGAUUCCGAAAGAGGAAGAAAUACCGGAAGAGGUAUCUGAGAAAGUAGAAUUAAAGAAACCGAAAAAGAAGCCCGUCAAGGAAGAAGUUGCAGAUGAGGUGACGAUUAAGAAACCAGUCCUUGAGGAAAAGAAAGAGGAGAUAGAAGAAAUCACUGAGGAAGUCACAUUGAAAAAGAAACCAAAGAAAAAGUCUAUCCCGGAGGAAACUGCUGCUGAAAUCACUAUGAAGAAACCCGUUCCAAAAGAGGAAGAACAAGUACCGGAGGAGGUAUCUGAGAAAGUAGAAUUGAAGAAACCGAAAAAGAAGCCUGUUAAAGAGGAAGCGGCAGAUGAAGUAACGAUUAAAAAACCUGUCGUUGAAGAAAAGAAAGAAGAGGUAGAAGAAAUUACUGAGGAAGUCACGUUGAAAAAGAAACCGAAGAAAAAGCCUGUCACAGAGGAAGCUGCUGCCGAAGUCACUGUAAAGAAACCAGUUCCGAAAGAAGAAGAACAAGUGCCGGAAGAAGUAACUGAGAAAGUAGAAUUGAAGAAACCGAAAAAGAAGCCUGUUAAAGAGGAAGCGGCAGAUGAGGUAACGAUUAAAAAACCUGUCGUUGAAGAAAAGAAAGAAGAGGUAGAAGAAAUUACUGAGGAAGUCACGUUGAAAAAGAAACCGAAGAAAAAGCCUGUCACAGAGGAAGCUGCUGCCGAAGUCACUGUAAAGAAACCAGUUCCAAAAGAAGAGGAGCAAGUACCAGAAGAAGUAACUGAAAAAGUGGAAUUGAAGAAACCGAAAAAGAAGCCUGUUAAAGAGGAAGCCGCAGAUGAGGUAACGAUUAAGAAACCUGUCGUUGAAGAAAAGAAAGAGGAAGUAGAAGAAAUCGCUGAAGAAGUUACGCUGAAAAAGAAACCGAAGAAAAAGCCUGUCACAGAGGAAGCUGCUGCCGAAGUCACUGUAAAGAAACCAGUUCCAAAAGAAGAAGAACAAGUGCCGGAAGAAGUAACUGAGAAAGUAGAAUUGAAGAAACCGAAAAAGAAGCCUGUUAAAGAGGAAGCGGCAGAUGAGGUAACGAUUAAAAAACCUGUCGUUGAAGAAAAGAAAGAGGAGGUAGAAGAAAUUACUGAGGAAGUCACGUUGAAAAAGAAACCGAAGAAAAAGCCUGUCACAGAGGAAGCUGCUGCCGAAGUCACUGUAAAGAAACAAGUUCCAAAAGAAGAAGAACAAGUGCCGGAAGAAGUAACUGAGAAAGUAGAAUUGAAAAAACCGAAAAAGAAGCCUGUUAAAGAGGAAGCGGCAGAUGAGGUAACGAUUAAAAAACCUGUCGUUGAAGAAAAGAAAGAGGAGGUAGAAGAAAUUACUGAGGAAGUCACGUUGAAAAAGAAACCGAAGAAAAAGCCUGUCACAGAGGAAGCUGCUGCCGAAGUCACUGUAAAGAAACCAGUUCCGAAAGAAGAAGAACAAGUGCCGGAAGAAGUAACUGAGAAAGUAGAAUUGAAAAAGCCGAAAAAGAAGCCUGUUAAAGAGGAAGCGGCAGAUGAGGUAACGAUUAAAAAACCUGUCGUUGAAGAAAAGAAAGAGGAAGUAGAAGAAAUCACUGAAGAAGUUACGCUGAAAAAGAAACCGAAGAAAAAGCCUGUCACAGAGGAAGCUGCUGCCGAAGUCACUAUAAAGAAACCAGUUCCGAAAGAAGAGGAACAAGUACCAGAAGAAGUAACGGAAAAAGUGGAAUUGAAGAAACCGAAAAAGAAGCCCGUCGUAGAGGAGGCUGCAGACGAAGUGACCAUUAAGAAACCUGUCGUUGAAGAAAAGAAAGAGAAAAUAGAAGAAAUCACUGAAGAAGUUACGCUGAAAAAGAAACCAAAGAAAAAGCCUGUAACAGAGGAAACUGCUGCCGAAGUCACCGUAAAGAAACCUGUUCCGAAAAAAGAAGAGCAAGUGCCAGAAGAAGUAACUGAGAAAGUAGAAAUAAAGAAACCGAAAAAGAAGCCUGUCAAGGAAGAAGCCGCAGAUGAAAUUACAAUUAAGAAAGCUGUUGUGCAAAAGGAAGAGGAAGAAAUUAUUAGCGAAGAAGUUAUCCUUAAAAAGAAACCAGCUAAGAAAGCUCCUGUACUGGAGGAAGUUGAGGAGACGGCCGUAACGAUAAAGAAAAAGGAACGUAUUCCGGAGGAACCUAAAGAAGAAGAAGAAAUAUCUACAGAUGUCUUAUUAAAAAGGAAGAAACCAACACCGAAAGUUGAGGAAGUAACUGCAGAGGAACUGACUAUUCAGAAAAUUGUGGAAGUAGAAGAACCGGAAGAAUUGGUCGAAGAAUUCACGUUGAAACGUAAACCACCGAAGAAGGCACCGAAACCGAUUGAAGAAAUUUAUGAAGAUGUUACUUUACGUAAAUUACGACCAAAAAAGAAACGGCCGGACAUCAAAGAAAUAACUGAAGUGGAAAACGUGACAUUUAGACCGCGCUCUACAAAAACGAAAGAGGAUGUGGAACAGGAGUUUAAGAUCUCUUUAAAUACAUACGAAGAGGAAGAUAUUUCUAUGUCCGGUAAAGUCCGUCUAAAGCCAAAGAAACGUCCGCUUACAUAUUCCGAAGAGACCGGAGAAGAAACGAUCAAAAUCGUUCAAGAAAUCGAGGACGAUUCCGGACCGGUCGAGGAAAUUAUUGAUGAGUCAGAGGAGGAAGGUAAAGAAGAAUAUAGUGUCGAAGAGCUUGAUGUUGACGAAAUGAGAAUACCGUUAAGACGACGCAAGAAGAAACAGAAGGUUCCGUACAAAGUGGAAGAGUUUGAAGAAGGUGACGUUAAAGUGCAAUUGAAACGCGAUAGGAAAUAUUCAUACGAAGAAACCGAUGCGGAAUCUUUGGCGCUGAAAUUGAAAACCAAGAGACGCGUCUCGACGUUUGAAGAAGAAGAAGCUUCUCUCAGCAUUACUAAGGAAGAGGAGAUCUCCGAAGAAGAAUAUGUUGUACGUGAUGGUGACACAAUGUUCUCAAUUUGUUCUUACGAGGCCGAAACAGACGAAGCUAUUAAUUUGGUUGAAGGAGAAAAAGUUUAUAUUAUCGAUCAUACCAAUCAGGAUUGGUGGUUUGUGAAAAAGCACUUGACCGAGGAGAAAGGCUGGGUACCAGCGCAAUAUCUGCUAAAUGAGGUGCAUUACACUAUUUACUUGCAAAGAAAACUGCACGAAAAGAUCGAUAGAUUGCCAAUUUUCGAGAAGCCGGGCCCAGGAGAAAAAGCGUCAGCUCCAAGGUUCAUCGAAAAAUUACAACCGAUUCAUACGCUGGACGGAUACACUAUUCAGUUCGAAUGCCAAGUAGAAGGCCUACCAAGACCGCAAAUAACAUGGUUCCGCCAGACCGCUAUUAUCAAACCAUCUAUCGAUUUCCAAAUGUAUUACGACGAGGAUAAUGUUGCAACCUUAAUAAUCAGAGAAGUCUUCCCGGAAGACGCCGGUAUGUUCACUUGCGUCGCGAAGAACGCUGCAGGUUUCGCGUCAAGCACUACUGAGCUCAUCAUCGAGGCACCAUUGUCGGACCACGGAUCGGAUAUUACUGGUCCAUCGAGAAAAAGUCUUUCGAGGGAAUCGUCUCUCGCCGAUAUAUUGGAGGGCAUACCACCCACGUUCUCUCGGAAACCAAAGGCGAAAUACGUGGACGAAGGUGAUGAUGUGUUGUUGGAAUGUCGACUGGUCGCUGUGCCGGAGCCAGAUAUAACGUGGUAUUUCAAAGAUACCCAAGUGGUCAGCCAGCAAAACAUCGUGGUCGCGACCGAAAGCGACAUGCACAUGUACUGCAGCAUCGUGAAAAUCAGCAAGGUUCAAAAGAAACAGGAGGGAAGGUAUAAAAUCGUCGCCAAGAACAGAGAGGGCGAAGCCAGUAUAGAUAUUCCUGUAAAGGUAAAGACUGGGAAGAGCGAGCCGCCCGAAAUAUUGGAGCCAUUACAAUCUUACGUAAUCAAAGAAGGCGAGACCGUCGUCUUGUCCACUCAGAUAGUCGGCAAUCCAUCGCCUAAGAUAACAUGGUAUAAGGACGGGAAGCCAGUAAAAGGCUCGCAACCGAAGCAGGACAGACACGUUAACACAUUGAGCCUGAUCCAGCCUCAAGUAGCAGACACUGGGGAAUAUUCGGUCGUUGCGGUCAAUGAUAUGGGCAAGGCCGAAACGCGAGCUACACUGACCGUCGAAAAAGUACCAAGCGGCGCACCGGAACCUCCACUGUUCACCGAGCGCUUCCAAGAGGUGAUCGUGCCGGAAAAGGGUACUUUCAAGUUAGCCGCCAAAGUCACUGGAAAUCCCGUCCCGGAAGUAACGUGGCUCAGGAACAACAAGCCGCUUGAGAAAUCGCCGAACAUCACGGAGAGUUACGACGGCGAGAAUAUCUUGCUCGAGAUUAAGAACGCGGACUCCGAGACAGAUGCCGGCGAUUACAAGUGCGUCGCCAGUAAUCCAGUCGGCAAAGCUUCCCAUGGCGCGAAAGUCACGGUGGACGUUGCCAAGGUCUCGUUCACGAGAAAGUUGCAGAGCGAAAUCGUGGUGGACGAGUACAAGACUCUGGAGUUGAAUUGCGAGACCUCGCACACCGUAUCCACGGUUUGGUGGCACAACGACAAAGAGAUCAGCGGGAUGGAUCAUCGCGAGGUGAUCCAGGAGGGACGUGUGCACAGAUUAGUCAUCAAGAAGAGCGGCCUCACCGACGCGGGAACGUACAAGUGCACCGUCAAGAACCAAGUGACGACCAGCGACGUCACGGUCAGAGCCACCAAGCCGGAGUUCGUCAGGAAGCUGCAAGACUUCGAGGUGAAGGAGCGCGACGUAGCGAUCCUGGAGGUCGAGAUCACGUCGCAAACGGCGGACGUUAUAUGGCGGAAAGACGGCGAGAUACUGACGCCCAGCAAGGGCAAACUGGAAUUCGUAAAGGACGGCACCGUCAGGAAACUUCUCAUCCGCAGUUCCUCGGUUCACGACGAAGGCGAAUAUACCUGCGCCUUGCCGGAUGAAGAAUGCACGGCGGAAGUAACGGUUGUCGAGUUGCCACCGGAGAUCAUCAGCAAGAUGCAGGAUGUAACCAUAGCCAGAGGCGAGAGAGCCACCUUCGAAAUAGAGCUGACGAAGGGUGACGCUCUGGUGCGCUGGUUCAAGGACGGCCAGGAGCUGCAAUUCUCCGAGCACGUGCGCCUUUCGAUCGACGGCAAGAAACAAAAAUUGAAGAUCUACGACACGGAAAUGGAAGACGCAGGAGUCUAUUCUUGCCAAGUCGGCAACCAGACUUCUUCGGCCAGAUUAACAGUCGAAGAGCCCGAGGUAGACUUCAUUAAAAAACUGCCGGACGUUACUCUAGUGCCUCUCAAUACCGACGCGACUUUCCUCAUCGAACUGUCGCGCACAGAUGUGCCGGUGACGUGGUUGAGGAAAGGCGAGAUCAUCGAUCGCACGCAAACCUCCAAGUACAGCAUUAUCGACGAGGGCAACAUCAAGAAACUUAUCGUUAAAAAAUGCACAACUGACGACAUCGCCGAGUACACUGCCGCAGUCGUCAAUGUCAAGACGUCAUCCAGAUUGAAAGUCGAAAUUAUCGAGACACCACCUAGAAUCGAUCCUGACACUCCCAGAAAAUAUAAAACGACGAAGGGCGAAGACAUCGAUGUCGUUGUGAAAUUCACGGCCACUCCAACACCGACCGACGAAUGGACGGUGAACGGUCGCGUUGUUAAGAAAUCCAAACGAAUCGUCACGUCCGUCGAUGAAUGUUCCGCCGUCUUAACGAUCAGAGAUGUACAAGAGAAAGAUAUCGGUGAUUAUAACCUGAGGUUGACCAAUCCCCACGGAGAAGACAGCAUAGAAAUUAACAUCGUCGUCGUGCAGGUACCUGGAGCACCAGGAACUCCUGAACCCCUCGAGAUAACCGACAACAGUAUCACACUUCAUUGGAAGCAACCAGAUUCAGACGGACACUCUCCGAUUGUGGAAUACAUUUUGGAAUAUCGCGAAAAGACGGAAUCUUCGUGGGGCAAAAUCACGGAGACGAUAAACGAGACCACGCACAAGCUGACCAAGUUAACCACCAACAAAGAAUACACUUUCCGCGUGACGGCUGUCAAUGAAGCUGGACCGGGUGAGGCAUCGCCGAAUACGCCGUACCUGAAGAUCUCUAAACUAUUGGCGGCCGAACCACCGACCAUCCUUGAAGCGCUUCAAAGCGUCGUGAUCGGAUUGGGAGAGACUGUCACGCUCUCCUGUGUAAUCGGUGGCAUACCGGCGCCUCGCAUUACAUGGUUCAAAGACGGUGCGGCCUUCGACGACAGCAGCAUCACGUACGAAAAUCGUAUGGCUAAGUGCGUUAUUCAACGUACCACAGAAACGUCUUCGGCCACGUUCACGGUUAAGGCCCACAAUGACGCGGGAACGGCGGAAACGUCGUGUCAGCUGAAAGUUCAGGAAUCGCCGAAGAUCACCUGUGACGAAAGCCUGACUAACCAGAGACUACCGGUGGCCGACAAGUGGAAGAUCGAGAUCCGCUUCAGCGGUUUCCCAAGACCUGAGGUGAAAUGGACGAAAAACAACAAAAAGAUCACCGACAAACGCAUUUCCGUGGAAACGAGGGAGGACACGUCCGUCAUUUCGAUAUCUUCGCUCGUGAGAGACGAUACCGCCAGUUAUACUGCAAGAGCAACGAACGAGGCUGGUAGUUCGUCGAUAGAAUGUCAUCUCAAAGUCAUAGACAAGCCGAGCAAACCUCAGGGACCGGUUGUCGCGAAGGAGAUUAGGCAAGAUCGCGUCACUAUUGAAUGGGGACCGCCGGUCGAUGAUGGCGGCGUGGAACUGGAGAGAUACACCAUUGAGAAAUGUGAAGUUAGCAAACAGAUCUGGACGAAAGUGGGCGACGUCGACAAAGAAGUUGAGAGUUUCUGCGCGCAGAAAUUGCAGCAGGACGUCGAUUACAUGUUCAGAAUAGUAGCUACGAACACUGUUGGUCCGUCGGAUCCUUUGGAAUCCGAGCCGAUCAGGACACGAACUUCGUUCGAACCACCGGGCCCGCCAAGAGGACCUCUCGAAGUCUCCGGAAUGACGAAGACGUCGUUCACGAUCAAAUGGGAGCCUCCAGAGAACGACGGCGGUACUCCCAUCACAGAUUACAUCAUCGAGACAAAGGAGACGUCGAAGAAAGCUUGGCGACGAAUCGCCAUUACGAAAGGAGACGUCACCAAUACCACCGUGUCCGACCUGAAAACGGAUGUGUCGUACAAUUUCCGAAUAACGGCUAAGAACAGCGUCGGUACCGGUCCUCCGUACACAGCGGAAGAAGCAAUCACGGCGGGAAAACGACCGACGCCACCUUCGUGUCCACUAAAUGUGCGAGCGACGAACGUCACGAGCAAGAGUGUCACUCUAAGUUGGUCACCGCCAGCCAGCACAGGAGGAUCAGAAUUGAUAGGCUACGUGAUCGAGAAGAGGCCGUUAAUCGGAAAAGGCGCCAGAUGGACGAAAAUUGUAACUUUGGAUGCAACAACGCAUCAAUACUGCGUAGAGAACUUGAAGGAGAGCGAGUUCCUUUUCAGAAUUUUCGCGGAGAACAGCGUAGGACUUAGCACACCGACCAAUAGCGAACCGGUCACGCUGAAGACUCACGCCAACGUUCCAUCUCCACCUACUGCCCCGUUAGAGAUGAGGCAAAUCGCAGCGAACACGAUGAUCAUCGAAUGGGGCAGACCUGAGUCGGACGGCGGCGCGCCUUUGGAAGGUUAUAAAAUCGCCAUCAGAGACGCGAAGAAGACCAUGUGGAUGGAAGUGGGAAGAGUGGGCGCAGAUAUUCAGAAGCUGAUGAUUAGAGACUUGCAAGAGAAUCACGAGUACCUCGUGAGGAUCUUCGCACGAAACGAGAUCGGAUUCAGCGAUCAUUUGGAGUCGGAAGAACCCUUUAAGAUCGUGCCGACUUCAGAAUUGUCGUUCGUGGAACCAGUCGCAGAAGCUAUGGACAAAGGAGAGACCCCGUCGAUCAGCUUCAGCACGGAAAAUACGAGCUCAUGGUUGCGGGAGCAUAACAUGGAUGCCGACAUACAUUCGUACGCGAGAGCGAGAUUACUCCGAAAAGACGAGUACUUCUUCCGCAUUUGGCACUACGCUAAACAGCUGUUCGAAUAAGCAUUUGUAUAAAUCUCUUUUUCUUUUCUGAGCAUUCGCAACGCGAUCUACUGCUAAGCGGAUACAAAUGAUCCCUUCCGCAUUUUUCCAAUUUCGACUUUCCUUAUCAUACUAUUUCUGUCGUGAACUUACAUACGCCUGACUGAUAGCACAACGUCGAAAGUGCCAUUAUGUUUUUUUUUUCCCGUAGAAGCACAAGUUAGCGAUCGUUAGAUACGACGAAACUGAAACUCGUAAGACUGGACGAGUGCUUAUCGAGUGCUAAUCUAGUCAGCACAGAA